AUGACUCAAAGGUGUAUUAUUGUUAGACAUGGCCAGACUGAAUGGUCUAAAAGUGGUCAGUACACCGGUUUAACUGACUUACCAUUGACUGACUUUGGUGUCAAACAGAUGCAAAGAACCGGUAGAUCCAUCUUCCGCGAUAACUCAUUUGUUAAUCCUGAACACGUUACUUAUAUCUUUACUUCUCCAAGAUUACGUGCUAGACAAACCAUCGAUUUGGUAUUAGAGACAUUGACAGCUGAGCAAAGAGCUAACAUUCGUAUUGUGGUUGAUGAAGAUCUAAGAGAAUGGGAAUACGGUGACUACGAAGGUCUUUUAACUCACGAAAUCGUUGCCCUAAGAAAAUCUAGAGGUCUAGAUAAGACCGUUCCAUGGAAUAUCUGGAGAGAUGGUUGUGAGAACGGUGAAAAUACCAAACAAGUUGGUUUAAGAUUAUCGAGGGCCAUUGCUAGAAUUCAAAACUUACAUAAGGCCUCUCAAGAUAAGAAGAAAUGUUCCGAUAUUAUGGUAUUUGCUCAUGGUCAUGUUUUGCGUUAUUUUGCUGCUUUGUGGUUUAGAAAAUUAUCUGUAGAACAAAAAUGUAAUGAUGAAUGGGAAAGAGUUAAUCCAAGUUCUUAUAAGGAUGACACUGUUCCAUAUGUUCAAUUGGAGACCUAUAGAUAUUUGAACGACAAUCCAUUCUUCUUAUUAGAUGCUGGUGGUAUUGGUGUGUUGUCUUAUGCUCAUAAUAGUAUUGAUGAACCUGCUUUAGCAUUAGCUGGUGCAUUUGUUCCACCACCGGAAGAACAAUCUCAACAUGAAGAAGUUCAAAAAUAA